AUGGCUGAGCUCACCGACAUCAAAAUCAUUGCCGUGGGCGAGUUCGGGUGCGGCAAGACCUCGCUCUGCCGUCGCUUUGUUGACGGCUCGUGGGUGGAGGCUGCGCCGGCGUCGGCCUCCGGCAGCAGCCAUGCUGAGGGCGGCGCUGGAGCUGGCGGCGGUGGCAAGGCGCGCGGGCGCAGACAUAGCGGAAGCAGCAAGCCGGCGAACACGCUAGAGGUCGAUGAUGUGCGGCGGACGGCAUCGUCAUGCCUCUCGCCCGAGGUCGUCUCGGCCUUUGUCCGCGGCGGCAACACGGCCGUCGCCAUGCGUGACCUGGCCAUGGAGCACCACUUUGUCAAGAUCGUGACCAUGGACGGCUCGCCGGUCCGCCUCCGCCUCGUCGACACCUUUCCGUCACGCCUCGCCUCGCCCGCUGCCCUCCUUGAGCUCGUCGAGGAGCUUGGCGUCUUCCACGGCGUGCUCAUGGUCUACGACAUGGGCUCGCUCUCCUCGCUCCGCACCCUCCGCGCCUUUGUCGAGAAGUUCCCGCUCGACUCGCUGCCCAUCCAGCCUGUCGUCACCCUGGUGGCGGCCAAGGCCGAUGAUGAGGACGCUCGUGAGGUCUCGCGCGAUCUCGUCCGCACCUGGUCCGACGAGGUCUUUGGCGGUGCCCCAUGCUACGAGGUCUCCGCCCGCGAAGAUCCCGACUCGGUCUCUGCCGUCUUCCUCGACAUGUGCGAGCGCAUUCGCGAGCACGCCUCCACAGCCUCGAUCGACGUCGCCACCUCGUCGCCCAUGCUCGCCCGCGCCGAGCCGUCCGACUGCCGCACCUCGUAG